AUGCCCGAUGAGGUGGAAUCCGAAGGCAAAUCGGCCUCUUAUGUCCGUUACGGCCCAAUGCCGCAAGGAGGCGGUAACUCAGGCAUCGACGCUUAUUGGAACCGAACUCCACCUCCAGCCUUUGUACCUCCACCGCCUUACUUGCCGCCUGUCUCGUACGUACCACCUCCGCCACAAGCGCCACCUCCAAAUUUUGUACCUCCGCCGCCUUGCUGGCCGCCCGUUUCGUACGUGCUACCUCCGCCGCAAGAGUAUACAGCUGAAGCUCGUGUCUACGAAUAUGCACCACAGACAACGUUGCAAGAGGUAUUCGUAGUGAAAGACCGUGACGAUCUUAUAGACCUGAACACUGAAGCCUCUCUUAUUAAACUUUGCAGAUAUGCAACUCGAAUUUAUGUCCGCCGUUUAGCGAAAUGUGACUGA